AGACAUGCAAUAAACAUGCAAGAUCAUCUGGCUUCUCUGUGGAACAAUUCAUUAGGGUUUUGCAGAUCAGAAGAGAAAAGCCUCGAGAAGACGAUGAUGAUGCUAGGAGGCGUUCAUGAUCUCCGAGGAAACCAGAACAGUGUAGUGAUCGCGAGUCUCGCUCGAUUUGCUAUCCAAGAGCAUAGCAACAGAGAGAACAAGGUUCUUGACUUCAAGAAGAUUGUUAAGGCAAGAGAACAGGUAGUUGCAGGAACCAUGUACCACUUAACUCUAGAAGCAAGUGAAGGUGGCAAGAGUAAGAAUUUCGAAUUCAAAGUUUGGGUUAAGCCAUGGAUGAACUUCAAGCAGUUGCAAGAGUUUAAGGAAUCCUCCUCUUGAAAUUUCACUUAUUCAAAGGUAAUUCAAAUGUUUCUGAGAAUAAAGAAGCCUGGAGAUAGCUUUGUUUCAGACCAGUGUGUGUUAAGACGAAACCUAAAGUUAAUUUAAUUAAAAAAAAACUUGUUCUGUUUUCAUGAAAUUUGCUUUAUGUAUAUGGCUGUCUGUUU